GAGCAGUUGCUGGGGCGACAGCAUCCUCCUGCAGCAUGGAAACCCAGGUUUCCAUGGAAACCCUUUUUGCCCCACUUAUCCUGCCACCGCCACGUCCUUCGAUUUGCCUUUAGGGUUUGCAUUUUGGAUUUGCGCCCCCCCCCCCGUCCCCGCAGAGGUCGCGGGACCCCCGGGAAGCCCCCGGGGCCGGGUCCCCCAUCGGGGCCGCGGUCCCCAGGGCGGGCGGCGGGUUUGGGAUGCAGUUGCCCGGGCAACAGAAGCAGGGCGUUCCUGGCAGCGGUGGUCGCCAUGGGGACGGGGAUGCUGACGAAGGCUUGUGAGGCUGAGAAGACAAAUUGCCCUCAUCAUUAUCUCCGGGCUUGUCAAUCAAACAUAUUCCCUUAUUUACCUCGGCGAGGAGAGAGCCCCGGGAGCACACGGAGAGGGAGGGAGCGAGAGGAGAGCUGCUUGCCCCGAACUCCGCACCGGGAGGGAGCAUUCCCAGCCCCUCGGGAUGGCCACCAUCACCUGCAACCGCUUCACCGAGGAGUACCAGCUCUUUGAGGAACUGGGCAAGGGCGCUUUCUCCAUCGUCCGGAGAUGCGUGAAGGUGUUGGCAGGACAAGAGUAUGCGGCCAAAAUCAUCAACACCAAGAAGCUGUCUGCCCGAGAUCACCAGAAGCUGGAACGAGAGGCUCGGAUCUGCCGCCUCCUGAAGCACCCCAACAUCGUGAGGCUCCACGACAGCAUCUCCGAAGAGGGCCACCACUACCUGAUAUUCGACCUGGUCACCGGCGGGGAGCUGUUUGAGGACAUCGUGGCCAGGGAGUACUACAGCGAAGCGGAUGCCAGCCACUGCAUCCAGCAGAUCCUGGAGGCUGUCCUGCACUGCCACCAGAUGGGGGUGGUCCAUCGGGACCUGAAGCCUGAGAACCUGCUGCUGGCCUCCAAGCUGAAGGGAGCCGCCGUCAAGCUGGCUGACUUCGGCCUCGCCAUCGAGGUGGAGGGGGACCAACAAGCCUGGUUCGGUUUCGCUGGCACCCCGGGAUACCUCUCCCCCGAGGUGCUCCGGAAGGAUCCCUAUGGCAAAGCUGUGGACCUGUGGGCUUGCGGCGUCAUCCUGUACAUCCUGCUGGUCGGGUACCCGCCCUUCUGGGAUGAAGACCAGCACCGACUCUACCAGCAGAUCAAGGCCGGGGCGUACGAUUUCCCCUCCCCUGAAUGGGACACGGUCACUCCUGAAGCAAAAGAUCUCAUCAACAAGAUGUUGACCAUAAACCCCUCCAAGCGCAUCACGGCAGCGGAGGCUCUGAAGCACCCCUGGAUAUCGCACCGUGCCACCGUGGCCUCAUGCAUGCACAGGCAGGAGACGGUGGACUGCCUGAAGAAGUUCAAUGCCCGGAGGAAGCUAAAGGGAGCCAUCCUCACCACCAUGCUGGCCACCAGGAACUUCUCCGGAGGCAAGAGCGGUGGCAACAAGAAGAAUGACGGCGUGAAGAAAAGAAAGUCCAGUUCCAGCGUUCAGUUAAUGGAAUCGUCGGAGAGCACCAACACCACCAUCGAGGAUGAAGACACCAAAGUGAGGAAGCAAGAAAUCAUUAAGGUGACAGAGCAGCUGAUCGAAGCAAUAAGCAACGGCGACUUUGAGUCCUACACGAAGAUGUGUGACCCCGGGAUGACUGCCUUCGAGCCUGAGGCUCUGGGGAACCUCGUGGAAGGCCUGGAUUUCCAUCGAUUCUACUUUGAAAACCUGUGGUCCCGGAACAGCAAACCCGUGCACACGACGAUCCUGAACCCCCACAUCCACCUGAUGGGGGACGAGUCGGCCUGCAUCGCCUACAUCCGCAUCACGCAGUACGUGGACGCGGGGGGCAUCCCCCGCACCGCCCAGUCCGAGGAGACCCGCAUCUGGCACCGCCGGGAUGGCAAAUGGCAAAUCGUCCACUUCCACAGAUCCGGCGCGCCCUCCGUCCUACCGCAGUAAGCCUCUGAAGCGCGGCCCGGCCCGUGUCGGGUUUGUCACUGACUGAGUGCCAGGGGAGACCCCUCCGACUUCACCUACGGGACUUUGGCUGUUGGCUCUGCUGCUUGGUUCCCGCUGGAACAACCCCUCGCUUCUCACCGCACACACGCAACGGCCCCGCCGGCGCCCGCAAGCACCCCACCGCCGUCCCCACCCGCCGGGCCCCCUUCCUCUGCAUGAACGAAGACAAGAGACACCGCGAACCUAAACCUCAGCAUUUGGCGCCUGCCGGGGCAAAAGCCUCCCCCCCCGGGCUGCAUGGCAUUUCUGGCCCCCCCACGGCCCCGCAGCCCGGCACGUCCCUUGGACUGGGAUAGGACUCGUCAUCCGCCUCCAUCCCUGUCUCCGCUGGGAGCUCCCCGAGGAAGAGGAGGGUGCGGGGGCAGCUGGGAGCCACCCUGUGCCGCAGCCCCCCUGUGUACCUGUGGAUUUUGCCUUGCUGCUAUCGAGGUCCUCGCCCGCCGCCGGGGCUCCCACUCCCUCCCGGCAGCCUCAGCCGGGGAACUUGGGUUUAAACCGUUGGCAAAAAGUUCAGCGUCCAUGCGCCCUGAGUGAGGAGGGCUGUGUGUGCGUGGAGGGGUGAGUAAAGGCAACCCGGCGUUUUCCUUCCCGAGGAGCGUGGGCCGGCUCCUUCCCAGGAGGGUAAGUAGGUUUGCGCCCUGGCGAGCUGAGCAGGGCUGCUCGCCCUCCUUCCUCCCUUCUCCCCUGGGAGCAGGGACCAGCAAAUCUGGGAGGAGAAAGGCGACUGCACCCCAGGGCUUGGCUCUCCCAGCCCUGCCGGAGGGCUUGGGGCACCCGCAUUGCCCCCACUCCCUCCUCCCGUCCCUCUGGACCCCUGACCCCAGCCCCUCGCAUGCAGCACCCGCAGCUCCCUGCGGCACAAAGGCCGGGGCAGCCGAGCUGGCCACCGAUUCGAGACGCAAUCCGCCAUCGCCCACACGACACCUUCCAGCGAAGACGAGGAAUGCAAGCUUUAGUAACAAAACUCUGCAGAAAUCUGGUCGUGCUUCGAAGAAACAAACAAGCCUUUAGCUAUCUUCUACUUUGAGCGCAUGCCUUUUUAUAGGAAAAAAGAAAACGACCUACCGUGUAUUUCGUAACUUGAUUUGGAGUAUUUGCUGAAAUGGAUCUUUAUGUAAUAACUAGAAACGUUCAACUGUUUAGGGUG